CUUUGGACUCCGUUAUCGCCACCAGUAUCGGACGCAGAAGAUGAUUUGUAUUACGAUCGAUGUGGUGACUUGUGGUAUGAGCAUGAGGUGAUGUGUGAAUCUCGAUUGCCAGCGCUCAUCCACGAACUUCAUCGACCCAGACCACUGACCACCACCGUUCCCAUUGCAUCUCAAUCGGCACCGAAUGUCGCUCCAUAUGCUCAUCAAGCCUCUUCGUUAUCUUCAGCCGCAAUCCACCAGCAACACCCGACAUCGUUCGGCAUGGCUGCUGCUGCUGCAGCAGCAGGUUUAUCAGCAGCCCAUCAGCCAACUCAACUCUUGCAGUCGUUACCGGUCACUGCUCAUCGACAUCAGUCUUCACUUAUGCCCAACGAGUCGUCUCUUCUUGGAACAACCGCACAAAACACGAUUCUAUCGUCAAACAUCCCAAUCGGUGCAAAUUCAGCAAUAUCUCAAUCGUCAAUGGUGCCUUCAUCGUUACGAGGUGACAUGAGAGGAAGUUGUAUGUUGUCAGCGCAGUCGAUGACGUUGAGUGGUCAACAUGAGCAACAUCAACAACGCGAACGGAUGAUGAAGACGAUCCCGCAGACCGGUGUCACUAGUGGAUCGCCUUAUUUGGAUACUUCUAAUCUGCUUAGACCCGCAACACCGUCACGAAUCCCGAACAGUGUCGAUGAUGCAAUCGAUAGUGUUCGGAAAUCAGCACAAAAAAGUUCCUCGUCGUUUGGUUCAAUGUCACGUUCCUAUGGCGGAAGUUCGCGAUCGUUGUUUUCGGACGGUCGUUCGAUCAAAUCCGAUUUACGUCGACCGUUAACGCCACCGCCACGCGAAAAUGAAGCGAUCGAUUACGAGGGACCCGAAUGGCUGAUCACUGAGGAUUUCGCUUUAAUUCUUGCAGUGGCACACGAGCAGCAUUUCUCGUAUCAUUUAAACUCAGCGAAACCGGGGCAUACCAUCAACUGGGACUUCGUUUCGCGAUUAAUGAUGCGUUACACGUCGUUUUAUCGAUCUCCAAGGCAAUGCUCAAUUCAUUAUCAGCUAGUGGUACAACCGCGUGAAGAAGGUCGAACGAUGGCUUUGGAUCCGGUCACGAAAAAAUCAAGAAAAGUACCAGUUAGCAGCGUUGAAUUGAGUGAGGAUUCAUGUGCAUUGGUUGUUAUUUCUUAUAACUGA